UUGAAAAGUCUGACUCUUGUUUACACUGGCCAGAUUUUCCUCGUCUCCCGUGUAAAUGGUGUGAGCAUGGUGGUAGUGCUGUGGCAGAACUGGGGCGAGCACGUGGGGCGGCAGCUUCCCCACUUCUUGGCGGCGGCCACGCUGACGGACGUGACCAUCAGCGUGGGGGCCGCCAGCCUCCGCGCCCACCGCAUCAUCCUGGCCUUCUUCAGCCCCUUCUUCAGGAGGAUGCUGGAGGAGGUCAGUGAGGAGCGUCCGAUGGUGGUGGUCUUCCCUGGGGUCAACUUUGCCGCCCUCCAGCUGAUAGUGGCCUACAUGUACCACGGCCAGGUCAAUGUCCCGACUGACCUCCUCCCCUCCGUCAUCGAGCUCGCCAAGAUGCUGAAGGUGAAGGGACUCAUCGAACUGCCCGCCCAGCUGGACUCGGUCAUCGGAACAACAAAGAUCGGCCUGGACCAAAAUUCACUCACAGCCGUACAGACAGAAGACUUAUGCUUGGAGGGAGGCGAGGGUUUGGUGGAGCUGGAGGUGACAUCAGGCGACCCACUCUCUCAACCCCUCCACCACCAUCACCACACCACCACCACCACCGCCAGCACCACCCAGCCCGGCACGCAUACCUUGAAUGUGGCGGAGGAGGCAGCACUUCAGAUCAAAGUCGGCAGCGGAGGUGGUGAUGACGGCGGUGGUGGCGGUGAUGAAGACGGGGUGGGAGUAGGGGUGGGGGUGGGGGUGGAUGAGACCUCUCACCCCCUCCUCCUGCCCCCCCACCAAGGCAUGCACCUCACCUCCGUCGCUGACCACCUUGAGCCCACACACAUCGUUAAGGUAAACCAGCUUACUGAGGACGAGGUGAUGGGUGAGAUGCUGUUCAGUGGAGACUACCUCACCUCCUCCUCCUCCAUCUCCACCUCCACCUCCACCACCACUACCACCAGCACCACCAGUAAUGCCACCACCACCACCACUGCCUCUGCUGCUGCUGCUACUAUUACUGCUGCUGCUGCUACUGCUGAGGAUUUGCAGGAUGACCAGGACUGUCUUGCACCCCCAAGGAAGAAGAAGAAGGUCCUGUAUAAGCUGACCAGAUAUGGCCCUGAGGACCUGCACCACGCCCUAAGUGACCUACGGGCGGGCCAGGGGACGCUGCGUGAGGUCGGGGAGCGCUGGGGGGUGCCGCACUCCACGCUCUCUGUUAACGCCCGGCAGCUGGGUGUGUCUCCGCCCUCGCGACACACACACUACGACGCACGCACCCUGGAGGAGGCCAAGCGGGCAGUGCGAGCCGGGUCCAGUUACCUCAAAGUGUCUCGCCAGUACAAGAUCCCGAAGAGCGUGCUGUGGCGCCAGUGUCAGAAGGACCUCAGCUUUGGGCUCUCGCAGGGGGCGGGGGGCGGGGACGGGGGUGCUGGCGGGGGGCAAGGGGAUGCAUCUGCCCCCUCCGCAGCCCCCCACCAGGGUCCGCUGCCCCCCUACCGCCGAGGCCCGAGCUACACUGCGUUCGAGUUGGACCGUGCGAGGGAGAUGCUGAUUCAGGGCUCGACGCUUUCCCAUGUGGCGAGGGAGACUAAGGUUCCCAAGACAUCACUGUUCCGGCUGAAGGAGCAGCUGGUGCGGGAGGGGUCGCUGCCCCCCACCAGCAUCACGCGGCUGCCCCGGCCCCGCCCCCCGCCCCGGGAACACUCACUGCAGCAGGCCGUGGCAGCGUGCCGGGGCCUGGGGAUGUCGCAGGGCCGGGCCUCGGAGAAGUACCAGGUCGCAAAAACAACCAUUUGGCGAAGACUCAAAAGACUGCACGAGACCUCCCAGAUGUCCGAGGGAGAGGCGCCCCCCCUCGACCCCCUCACCCUGACCCCCACCCCCCAGCCCCCUACCACCACCACCACCACCUCCACUGAAGUCAAGCUGGAGGAGGAAGAGGAGGAGGACGAGGAAGAGGAGGAGGAAGAGGAAGAGGAGGAGGAGGAUGACUACCUACAAUAUCAGACAAAGACUCUUGAUCCAUCUUCCUCCUCCUCCUCCUUCGCCUCCUCCCCAAUCAAGAGGGAAGAGGAGGAAGAGGAAGAGGAGGAGGAGGAGGAGGAGGUGGUGAAGUUGGGGGUGGUGGAGGAAGAGGAGGAGGAGGAAACACAACCAAGAUUUGAACUGGAAAUGCCGUUGGUGAACUUGCCUGGCGGGGGGUACCAAGUAGUGGGGAGCGAGAUUGUUAUAGGGGGGGGCCAAGUGGUGGUGCUGGAGGCCCCCCCACCGCCCCCCACUUCCGACACCACCCCCACCUCCACCGCAACGCACCCUCACCACCACCACCACCAUCUCGUUGUGGCGGCGUUUGACCAGAUGGAGGGACUGGAGAUCGGACAAGCAGAGAAUCUAUCGGACCCGACCAAGCACCUUGAGUAACGCACACACACACACACACACACACACACACACACAUACACACACAUGCACAGUAGCUGAGUGUGUCCUAAGAAAGAGAGAGAGAGAGAGAGAGAGAGAGAGAGAGAGAGAGAGAGAGAGAGAGAGAGAGAGAGAGAGAGAGAGAGAGAGAGAGAGAGAGAGAGAGAGAGAGAGAGAGAGAGAGAGAGAGAAAUAUAGAGAGAAUGAAGAAGGAAGAGAAGAAAGAUGAAGAAAUGAAAUGACAACAGGAAGAAAAAGGAAAAGAAGAUAAAGAAAUGAAAGAAAAGGAGGAAGAAGGGAAAGAGGAGAAGGAAAAGAAGAAAGAUAAAGUAAAGAAAAGGAGGAAGAAGAGAAAGAAAAGAAGACAACAGACAAA